AUGGCGUGCGCCUGCCACACUUUAUGGUCCCCGAGACGCCCUAAAAAUCGCUUGUACAAUGUGCCUCUUCCGAGUCCUGGCACGAAAAAUUCGGACUGGGAAAUGGCUCCUCUUUUGUUCACAUUUCCCUUGAGCCAUUGUAUCACAACCUCUGACUUCGACCAGAUUUAA